AUGGAACCUCAUGCUGGUUAUGGUCUCCACUUUUCUUCUUUCAGUAAUGAGAAUGUGAGAUUAAUAGUGUUUUUAGAAUUUAAGGAGGAUUUUCAGAAGUUGGUCUCCAACUUCCGUCGCAUAAGAUUUGAAUCUACUGUUGGAGCAGGUUUGCCUGUGAUAUCUUCUGUAACCCGUAUUAUUGCAUCUGGAGAUCCUAUUUCUCGUAUUGUUGGCAGUUUGAGUGGUACACUUGGGUAUGUGAUGAGUGAGCUUGAGGAUGGAAAGAAAUUUAGUGAAGUCGUGAAAAAUGCCAAAUCUCUUGGCUAUACAGAACCAGAUCCACGUGAUGAUCUUGGUGGAAUGGAUGUGGCUAGAAAGUGUUGA